AUGGCAGAGACUAUAGCCAGAGAGGCCAACACGGCAUUUUCGGUGUUGAAGACGUUGAGCAACGAGGAGCGGUCCGAUGCCCUCCACCAGAUCUAUGCCGGCUUGAAGGCCCGUAAGUAUGAGAUCUUACAGUACAACAAACUCGAUAUGGACAGUGCGACCGCCAACAACUUAUCGUCCAGUUUGAUUAAACGACUCGACUUGAGCGGCAACGGCAAGUUUGACGCGAUGCUCCAAGGAAUCUUGGAUGUGGCGGCGUUGCCCGACCCCAUCGGAAAGUGUACGUUGGCCAGGAAAUUGGAUGAAGGGUUGGAGUUGUACCGAGUCACCGCCCCCAUCGGAGUAUUAUUAAUCAUUUUUGAGUCCCGUCCCGAGGUUAUCGCCAACAUCACCGCCUUGGCCAUCAAGUCGGGAAAUGCCGCUAUUUUGAAGGGGGGCAAGGAGUCGUACCAGACGUUCAAAAUCUUGAGUGACAUUGUCAAUCAGGUAUUGGAUCACCACACCAAAGUGCCAAAAGAUGCCAUCAAGUUGAUUGAAAGCAGAGAAGAAGUUGGUGAUUUGUUGUCACAGGACAAGUACAUCGACUUGGUGAUCCCUCGAGGCUCCAACCUGUUGGUACGAAACAUCAAGGAAAACACCAAGAUUCCUGUGUUGGGCCAUGCCGAUGGAAUCUGCUCUAUUUUUGUGGACGAGUCUGCCGACAUCGCCAAGAGCGUUCGGAUCAUUGUCGACUCCAAGACAAACUACCCAGCCGGUUGCAAUGCGGUGGAGCAGUUGUUGGUGCACCAGUCGGUUGCUCAAGACAAAAUAAAGUUGAACCAGAUCCACCAAGCACUUCGAAAUGCCGGGGUCACCGUCCACGUGACGCCUGAAAUUUUGGACAAGCUUGACAGCACUGAUGGGGUGGAGGCUGCGGGUCCAGACGCGUUCGACUUUGAGUACUUGUCGCUCGAUAUCUCUGUCAAAUCGGUCGAGUCUCUUGAGGAUGCCAUUUCGCACAUCAACCAACAUUCGUCCAAACACACAGAUUGCAUCUUGACCGAGGUUAAGGCCAAUGCCGAUAAGUUCUUGAAGGGCGUGGACUCGGCCGGAGUCUACUGGAACUGUUCCACGCGGUUUGCUGAUGGUUUUAGGUACGGGUUUGGUACUGAGGUAGGAAUUAGCACCAACAAAAUCCACGCCAGAGGACCAGUGGGGUUGGAGGGCUUGAUGAGCUACCAAUACCAGUUGAGAGGAAAUGGCCAUAUAGCGGCUGAGUAUAAGGGUGCCGGUGGAAACAAGUCUUUUGUGCAUGAGGAUAUCAGCACCAAUGUGAGAUUUUAG